GGGGGUGCGCGCGACGACCCCGCAUCUGCUCCCUCUUCUUUCUCCCCGUCCACUCCACCUAACACACAAUAUCCACCCCCCGCCCGGCCGCGCUCAAUCCCCACCCCGGAUUUUCUGCCCCGGAUCCUUGCUCAGUUGCUCCGUCGAUCACCAUGAUGCCGCUCUAGGUAGACAUGAUUCACAUGCUCGCCGCGCACCGAGAGCGGGAGGCUGACAGGUCGUGGGCGUGGUGAGCGCGCUGCGGGAGGCCAAGUUCGUCAGAGUCGGAUCGGAUCAGGCCGAGAAGAAUCCUGACCGCGUCGCCUCCGUCUGAUCUGCUCUAUUGUUCGUUCCGGUUGCAGAGAGGUUGAAAUGGAUCUGCUGCUACCGCCGAUUAGUGCUUCUCUUGGUGCCAUGGUCUCCCUUGCACAGAAGCUGGAUGCGCUCCUCGAUACAGAACACACGGAUGAGAUGAGGAAACUCGGAACCCGGCUACUGGAGCUCUCCAAGGCACGAGACCCUCCCGUUACAGCCAGGAUCUGGAUGAAGGAUGUGCGUGAACUAUCCUAUGACAUGGACAACUUUGUCGACACUGAAGAAGAUUGGAUCUACAACAUGUCAGCAUUCAUGGGUCGUGUGAAGGAAGCAAAUGCACGGUACGAGCGGUACAGGCUUGAGAGCGUCCCCAGCCACACAGAUGUCUUUCCAAUCAUUAACCACUGUGGUCAGAAGACAGAUCUGGUCGUCGGCCUUCAUGACAAGGGUGGCGCGGUUGAUAGGCUCUGCCAUUUGCUGACCGAUGGAGAUGAGCAGCUCAAGGUGCUAUCCAUUGUCGGUGUUGGAGGAAUCGGGAAGACCACGCUUGCCAAACAGCUAUGGCGUGUGCACAAACUCAGGGACUACUUCCACUGCCGGGCUUUUGUGCGGACCGCCAAGAAACCAGACAUGAGGAGGAUCCUAAGGAGCAUACUCGCACAAGUUCGUCCGCACCAACCACCUGAUGCUAGCGAGAUGGGCGACCUCAUUCACGACCUCACUGAGCAUCUACAGGAUAAAAGGUAUGUUAUUAUAAUUGAUGACAUAUGGGAUACAUCAGUAUGGGAUGUUGCUACAUGUGCUUUCCCAGAGGGUAAUCAUGGAAGCAGGAUAAUAACAACAACAGAAAUUGAGGAUGUUGCUCUUGCAUGCUGUAGUUACCAGUCCAAGUACAUAUUUAAGAUGGAGCCACUCAGUGUCAGUCAAUCAAAAGAAUUGUUCACCAAUGCAGUUUUUUGCUCUGGAAAAGAGAAAUCUCCCCAAUUGGAUGAAGUGUCAGAUGAGAUUAUAAGAAGAUGUGAUGGUUUACCACAGGCAAUUAUCAGCAUUUCAAGUGUUCUAGGAAGCCAAAGGGAAGCAAAUGCAGUAGAGAGCUGGGAGCAAGUACAACAUUUUUUGCUAACAAGUACAACUUCUGUCGAGAUACUGAACUUUUGCUACAAUAGUCUUCCCAGUUGUGUUCAGACAUGUCUGUUGUAUCUUGGCAUAUACCCAGAGAACUAUAUAAUCUUGAAGGAAGAUAUAAUGAAGCAAUGGGUAGCUGAAUGCUUUAUCCGUGCACCAACAGAGAAAGAAAAAAUGGAGGUUGCUGGGAGCUAUUUUGAUAUUCUUGUCAAUAUGGGCAUGAUCCAACAUAUAGACGUAGACUAUAGCAGUGAGGUAUUGUACUAUGCAGUGCAUCACAUGGUACAUGAUCUUAUUACUUCUAAGUCCAUAGAAGAUAAUUUUAUCACUGUGAUAGAUUAUUCUCAGAGGCAAGUGCGGCUUUCUAAUAAGGUUAGUCGUUUGUCCCUCCAGUUUGGCGGUGCAACAUUUGCAAGUACACCAGCAAGUACUGGACUAUCACAAAUUCGGUCGCUUACUUUUAUUGGACUGAUGAGCUGCUUUCCUUCAGUUGUGGAGUUUAAGCUUCUUCGAUUUCUGAACCUUCAUAUUUGGAGUGAUCAACCAAGCACAUACUUCGACCUCAGGGUUAUCUGUGAAUUUGUUCUGUUGAGAUAUUUGCAGGUCACCUGCAGUGACACCGUAUAUCUUCCAGAUCAGAUGCAAGGUCUGAAACACUUGGAAACACUUGAAAUAAAUGCAAGAGUAAUAGUUAUUCCAUCGGAUAUUGUUCAUCUUCAGAGCUUGUUGCAUCUCCGUCUCGGAGGUGGGACAGAACUGCCCGAUGUGACUGGUAUACCCAGAAAUGUUACUGUGCCUAGUGUUGCCAAUUUAUUGGAUGAGUCAAGCAGUCCUCCAAAAUCAGUGAUGACAAUCGAGUUGUUGCCACCCAUUUGUAGAAUCCCCGAGUGGAUUGGACAGCUUAACAACCUCUGCAUUCUGAAAGUUGUCGUCGGUGAACUGCUAAGGGAUGAUAUCCAUAUCCUGGGAGGAUUGCCAGCCCUGACUGUUCUCACAUUGCAUGUCCAGCGACGAACUACAGAACUAAUUGGCUUCGCACCUGGAACAUUUAAUGCUCUAGAAUAUUUUGAGUUCAGGUGUGGCGUACUGCGCCUGAUGUUUGAGGAAGGAGCAAUGCCCAAUCUUCAGAGGAUUAAGCUAGGUUUCAAUUCUCACAGAGGAGAACAGUAUGAUCGUUUGCUUGUGGGCAUUGAGCACCUGUCAAACGUCCAGGAGAUUUCGGGAAUAAUUGGGUCAACUGUCCGUGCAGAGGAAUAUGACUUGCAGGCUGCAGAGUCUGCAUUCAAGGAUGCCACUGGCAAACAUCCUAGCAACGUCAACAUAAAAAGAACAGAUAUUGCUGUAGAAGAGUAUAGUCCUCUAGAAAAACAGCAUUUGGUCCGAGGGAAACACCCAUCGACAUCAAGUGAACAACGUGGAAGUCAAAAACAAGAGUCCCAGCAAGCUAUAAAGCAAAACGCCCAUAGCAAUUCUCAGUUAAUUAAUAGGAUACGUGAUGACAAGAAACAUGCAAGUGUGGAGCUACAGAAUGACCCGCCGGCAUCGACGCAGAAGAGGAUCGUGUUCAAGAUAGCGGACACUAUAGAUGACCGGGGGAAGUCCCGUGCCUUUAAAGCCCUUUCGAAGCUCCAUGGGAUAGAUCAGCUGGUGGUGGACAUGAAGGAAGGGAAGCUAACGGUGGUCGGAGGCGUGGACCCGGUGCUUGUAGUGAGCGCGUUGAGGGCCAAGUUCAAAGGUGCGCAUCUCAUCAGCGUUGGGCCUUCCACCCAGGUGAUCAAGCCUGAGGGACGAGCAAGUGUGGAGCUACCGAAUGACCCGCGAUCAUCGGUGCAGAAGAAGAUCGUAAUCAAGAUAGUGGACAUUACAGACAAGCGGUGGAAGUCCAGUGCCUUCAAAGUCCUUUCGAAGUUCCAUGGGACCAAUUCGGUAGCGGCAAACGAGGAGGAGGGGACGCUAACUGUGGUGGGGGACCUGGACCCGGAGGUCGUAGUGCUGGCAUUACAGAAGGCCAGACUCAAUGUGCAGAUCGUCAGCACGGGGCCGCAUAUCUUCUCAAUGGGCGAGGGGUUGAUGAACAAACCCGAGGGACGCAAAAUGCCUGGACGUAACCCGCCCGAGGGACAACAGAAGCCUGAAUCUAACCCACCCCAGCUGCCGCACAGUCUCAUCCCCCCGUACUCCCCUCCCUACCGGCCACCCCCCUACCGUCAACACCGCCACGAGGUCCACCAGUCCCGGGAGGACCCCAACUCAUGUGUCAUCCAGUGAUUUUUUUGCAUGGGUAUUGUGGAUUGUAUUCAUCAUAAAUAAUGUUAGAGCAUCUACAGCCGGACCUCUCAAA